AUGAUUCCAGAUCCUAUUACUCAUGAAAAAUGCUCACUGCAGGACGCGGCCUGUAUAAAAAAGCAGGCACAAUUGGCUCUCCCUUCCUUCACUGAAGGUGUCCCCGAACUUGAAAUCCAAAGCUUCAAUAAAAUGCACAUUAAAGACAUUGUAUUUGAAUCGACGGAUAUGAACUAUGAAUUAAGGAAUAUAGAAAUUGGAGGUUUUAAUGAUACAAUUAUAGAUGAUAUCAGCAUUAAUAUGCCUUUUAAGUUGAUGCGCUUAUCAUUCCACACAACUCUCAAAGUCGAUUGCGAUUACAAACUAGACGGAUUGUUGUUCGGGGUUCCAGCAUUCGGAGAAGGGAAAGCUUAUAUUACAUUGAACAAUAUGAAGGUCGAGAUGAUUUUAAUUUUUGAUAUUGUCAAAAACGAGCAAGGCAAGGAUAUUAUGGAUAUCAAGACACACAUAUUUGGAGCCAAUGCGAUCGGCGGUGUGCAUACGCAGUUAGACAAUAUGUUCAAUGGAGAUAAGGACAAGAGUAAGUUUUUUUUUUUAAUAUCCUUGACUGCAAUCUCAGGUGAAAUAUUUCAUGCAUUAAUUAAUGAAAACUGGAGGCCAAUAAUUGCGAACUUUGGCAGAUCUUUCUCACCCACAAUAAUUAAAGGUAUCUUCGAAGCUAUCAAGACAUAUAUGCGCUCUAGGCCUCUUGAAGACUUAGCCCUGUAG